GCUUGGCCAUGUGCACAAAUCUGCAGAAGCAUGGGAGUGGAUGCUUGCGCAGCUCACAAGUGGAGCGGAGUCCAGUGGGUCCGCUGGGACAUAGUAUGAAAGGCGGACACCGACCUCUCUCUCUCUUCUUAAAUCGCUUCUUGAGUGCAACAGGUUAAUCCCUUGUUGUUCACAGUUGGGCAAAUUGUAGCGGCUCCUUCAAGUUGUGGGUGCAGGUGGGAGUGACCUUGAAUUGACUGGUGACUUCUUCAAUCUCAGUUGCAACUCAAUUCCGGAUUCGCUUCUAGAAUUAUCUUUAAGUUUAUCGGAGCUGAUUACGGUUGCUGUUCAAUUUGUGAUGGCGCAUCUGCUCAUUAUCGUUCGACAUGUCACUCUGCUGCCAGGAAGUGCGUAACUUCAAUUCUUAUGACACUGUCGAUGUUGAGGUAUACCAAGCUUCCUGCACAGUACCCAUGUGCUAUAAAAUCAGUGGGUUUGGAUUGCUGAUCCUUUGGUUACAGGCGUAACUACUGUUGCUCCGAGCGCCUUCAUCGUUGCUACUGUUCUACUUGAGUCAAUGCAAGCUUUGGCUUGCCGAUCCAUUUCACAUCAACACUGUGUCCUUUCCCACAUCUACAGCUGCACACCCUUGAAAGCGAACAUUUCUCGGCGAAUGGAUUAUUUCUGGAGACGACGCGCGAUUGAUAAUACGGGGCUGGUGAAUAGUCUACGAGAGAAUGGGACGAUCACUACCUCGAGAGUAGCAGAGGUGAUGGAGCAAAUAGACAGAGGGCUUUUUGUUCCAGCUGGCGUAGGCGAUCCUUACUUUGACACUCCUGCGCCAAUAGGAUAUAAUGCAACAAUAUCCGCUCCGCACAUGCACGCCGCAUGCCUUGAACUUCUUAAGGACCAUCUGCAGCCUGGCAUGCGCGCUCUUGACAUCGGUUCAGGUUCUGGGUACUUGACAGCAAUCUUUGCUCUUUUAGUUGGAGAAACUGGUCGUGCUGUUGGAGUGGAGCACAUAUCUGAGCUUACUGAAAAAUCGGUAGAAAACGUGCAAAAGUGCAAUGCUGCACAUCUUCUAACUUCUGACAGCCUUUCACUACAUACUGGAGAUGGCAGAAAAGGGUAUCCAGAUCUCGCGCCAUACGAUGCUAUUCACGUGGGAGCAGCUGCCCCAACAAUUCCACCCGCUCUAAUCGAGCAGUUAAAGCCUGGAGGGCGAAUGGUCAUACCUGUAGGUGACGUUUUCCAGGAUCUGGUUGUAAUAGAUAAAGACAUGCAAGGAGAGGUGAAGCAGUGGGAUUACACCCAAGUGCGGUAUGUACCCUUGACUGACCGCCAGAUGCAGCUGGAAAAGGAGCAGUGAUCUUCAAAUCGUCAGACGGUACAGGUAAUCUAUUUUGUGUAUAGGAAGGCAUGGACACUGGUGUGAGGAAGUUUUGGAUUGUGAUCAGAGCAGUUUUAUGUAAAAAUGUUUUUCUCACUACAUGUACACACACACACACACAUAUAUAUAUAUAUAUAUAUACAUACAUGUAUAUCGGUUUGUAAUAUAGUUGCAAUGGGUUCUCCGAC